UUAGAAAACCCAAUAGAUAGGUGAUAGGAAUGAAAACCCACAACCGCAAGCUGCUGACGCAGGCGCUCCCUCCUCUCCAACCCACUGCAACAACUCCAUCACCACUACCGUCCGGACAAAGCUUGACGUGGGCUGAUUUCUACAAGCGAUCGGUGGUUGACGUACUGAUCGCCGUAUUGAUCAACGUCCUCAUUGUGCUUCUCUUGGUGGGCUGCGUCUUCAUCUGCAUCUACAUCCGCAAGCGUAUUCGCCAGCGUUAUAACGCUGACACAGACUCCGACGCCGACUCACCUAGACGUGGCUCGGAAAGAACUACGUCUUCUCCGCCGUCGGAUCUUCCAACCAGGUCCAACCUCCGCAAAGGACUGGACCCGUUGACGAUUCGGGCUCUGCCGGUGCACUCUUACUGUGGGGACGCUGAGGAGUACCAGACCGACGACUGCGCGAUUUGUCUCCUCGAGUUCGAAGAGAAAGACGCCGUGAAGUUGAUACCCUUUUGCAAGCACGUGUUUCACCCCGUCUGCAUUGACAUGUGGCUGUCGUCGCACGUGACAUGCCCGGUGUGCCGGUCAUCUCGGUUUCCCGUGAGGAGGGGGGUCUGGAAGAUCGACGGUCAAACCAUGACACGUGAACAGAGUGAUGAGGGCGGUGGGGUCGUUUAG